CUUUUAGCCAAUCAAGUUGAAACACACUAAAGUUCAACAGUAUAUAUACCCUAAAUAUUACCUUAACUUUAAUUCAGCUUGAACUUAUAAAGAAUAACAUUCAACAUUAUAAAUCUUGGGAUCAUCGACAAAUAUUUCUAAAAGGUUGUAAUAAUUUAGAGGGUAUCUAUAGAUGCUUGAGAUCCACGUACAGAAUUUUAAAACAGUCAGGAACUACAAAGAUAUUGAGAUCACAUUUUAACAAGCUUGACAAUGGAGAACCAGAAGAGAAGAGCGCCUAUGAUACAUAUAGGUCCAAUGAUCCUGUUGCCCCUGCUAGCCCUGGCGGCUUCAGCCUCCACCCCCGGGGACGGACCAGACCCCGUCAUAGGGAUAGAUCUGGGCACCACGUAUUCAUGUGUUGGCAUAUUUAAAGACGGACACGUUGAAAUCAUCCCGAACGAACAAGGAAAUCGAAUUACUCCAUCUUACGUUGCAUUCAACGCUGACGGGGAGCGACUUAUCGGGGAUUCCGCAAAAAACCAGCUGACGUCCAACCCAAAGAACACCGUCUUCGACGUCAAACGGUUCAUCGGGCGAGAAUGGGAUGACCCCAUGGUUCAAAAAGACGUACAGUAUUAUCCCUUUAACAUAGUCAAGAAGAACAACAAACCAUAUGUACAGGUUCAAAUUGGCGGGGAAGAGAGGAUGUUUGCUCCCGAGGAAAUAUCCGCCAUGGUAUUAGGCAAGAUGAAGGAAAUAGCCGAAGGGUACCUUAAGCACAACGUGACGAAGGCAGUAAUUACUGUCCCAGCCUACUUUAACGACGCCCAGCGCCAAGCCACAAAGGAUGCCGGGACGAUAGCAGGAUUGGAUGUCCAACGAAUUAUAAAUGAACCAACUGCAGCUGCCAUAGCUUACGGGUUAAACAAAAAGGGCGGAGAAAAGUCUGUAUUAGUAUUUGAUUUGGGAGGGGGUACCUUCGAUGUUUCCCUAUUGACCAUAGAUCAGGGUGUGUUUGAAGUCGUAGCAACCAGCGGGGACAAUCACCUUGGAGGGGAGGACUUUGAUCAACGAGUCAUGGAUUUCCUGGUCAAGAAACACAAGAAAAACACUGGCGUAGACAUCAGGAAGGAUAAUCGCGCCAUGCAAAAACUGCGCCGUGAAGUCGAGAAAGCCAAACGAACACUGUCCUACCGCCAUGAAACACGGAUAGAAAUCGAAUCUCUGAUUAACGGUCAGGACUUUUCACACACGCUCACAAGGGCCAAAUUCGAGGAACUCAAUAUGGACUUGUUCCGAUCAACAUUGAAUCCCGUGAAAAAAGUUUUAAAAGAUGGUGACAUGAAGGCAUCUGACGUUGAUGAAAUUAUUUUAGUGGGAGGAUCCACACGCAUUCCUAAAAUUCAGCAACUUGUCAAGGACUUUUUCGAUGGAAAGGAACCAAGUCGCGGUGUGAAUCCCGAUGAGUCGGUGGCGUAUGGGGCCGCCGUGCAGGGGGCGGUACUGAGUGGGGCUGACCAGGUCGGUGACGUACUGGUGGUUGACGUCAAUCCACUCACCCUGGGGAUAGAGACAGUGGGCGGGGUCAUGACCAAACUAAUUCCUCGCAACUCACCAAUUCCCAACAGAAAAUCGCAAAUAUUCUCGACGGCUGUCGACAACCAACCGUCCGUAACCAUUCAGGUAUAUGAAGGAGAAAGGGCAAUGACGAAAAAUAACCACCUCCUGGGAACAUUCGAGUUGACUGGCAUACCCCCGGCGCCGAGAGGAGUACCCCAAAUCGAGGUCACGUUUGAAAUUGAUGCCAACAGCAUACUGACCGUGUCGGCAGAAGACAAGGGGACCGGAAGUAAGAAUAAAAUCACCAUUCAGAAUGACAAUAACAGGAUAUCCCCAGAGGAAAUAGAAAAAAUGAUAAAAGACGCGGAAACCUUUGCGGAAGAGGACAAAAGGGUGAAAGAAACCGUGGAUGCUAAGAAUGACCUAGAACAUUUUGCUUAUUCACUGAAAAAUCAGAUCAGUGAUAAGGGACAGCUAAGUGAAAAACUAAGUGAAGAUGAUAAAAAGGUAAUCCAGGAGGCUGUAGAGUCCACGAUUAGCUGGAUUGAAUCUUAUCCUAGUGCCGAACUCGAUGAACUCAAAGAAAAGAAAUCAGAGUUAGAGAAUAUUGUACAACCAAUCACAAGCAAACUUUACCAAGGAAAUUCGGGUUCAAAAUCCGAUGACCGGGAGGACCUGUGAUGACGUCAUUGACCAUCCGCAAUCUGUGAUUUCAUACAAACAUUGUCAUUAACUCUGUGUAGUGUGUUCAUUCAUCGUCAUUCAUCGAUAUCCACAACUCCUUGAUCUCUCUUCAGUCUUUCAGACAGAGUUCACGUUUGUUCAUGUGUUACAUAACUUAGUUACUUGUAUAUGCAAAGAUUCGUUACCUCUGUACUUAUGUUGUUGGUUAUUUAUUUACACAAACGUGUAAAUAUUGUUUUACAAUAAAAUUAUUAAAAAUA